AUGACGACUAAGACCAUCCAUGAGAACUCGCAAUUCCAGAAGCCCUCCUCUCUACGUUGGACGUGGGAGUCACCCGGUGGAGGGUACCGUGGUGAAAUAGACCACAUCAUUGUCAAUAAAAAGUUCUGCCUGACGGACGUCGCUGUUGUACCAAAGUUCUAUACGGGAUCGGACCAUGGCCUCCUCCGAGGAAGAUUUUCCUUUACAAGGAGAGCAGAGAAAGCCGCCAAGUUCAGAGAGAGAAAUCCCAGAACUACCAUCAGCUGGGAUCCCUUCGCUACGCUAGCCGGUUUUUGGGAAUAUUCCGCAAUGGACAACGAGGAAUAUGACCGGCUUGUUGAACACCUUCACGACUGCGCGAAGAAGGCUGAGAGUUUUAAAACCACCAAGAGACGCCUAUCUCUUGUCUCUAAAAAGGGAGAUCCAGAUGACAUCGGCAACUAUCGUCCAAUCUGCUUAUUGUCCGUCAUCUACAAGCUCUUUACAAGAAUGAUCUUUAAUAGGAUUGAAAAAGACUUGGAUGAAGGACAGCCAUGCGAGCAAGCAGGGUUUCGAAAAGGAUUCAGCACGAUUGACCACAUUCACACUGUUUCGAAACUCAUCGAGGUAUCAUGA